AUGGUGCUUACUCUUGUGGGUCUCGGCCUGAACGAUGAGCGCGACGUAUCCAUUCGAGGCCUUGAGGCGAUUCGCGCCGCGGAUAUUCUCUACCUCGAGAAUUACACUGCCACCCUCAACGUGGACACCAACAGGCUCGAGCGCUUUUUUGAGAAACCAAUCAUAUUAGCUGACAGAGAUUUUGUGGAAGGGAGCGCAGAGGCGAUGCUAGAGGCAGCAAAGACAAAGCGUGUUGCCUGCCUCGUCGUUGGGGAUCCUUUCUGUGCAACCACACACUCGGACCUGUAUCUGCGUGCAAGAGAUAAUGGGGUGACGGUCAAGGUUAUACAUAAUGCGUCCAUCAUGAGCGCUGUUGCAGCCUGCGGCCUUCAGUUGUAUCGGUUCGGCGAAACCGUCUCUAUUCCCUUCUUUGACGGCGGGUGGAAGCCUGUUAGCUUCUAUGAAAAAAUUCAAAAGAAUAGAGAGAACAACAUGCAUACAUUGUGCCUUUUGGAUAUCAAAGUUAAGGAGCAAACGGUUGAAAACUUAAUGAAAGGGAACAACAUAUUUGAGCCUCCCAGAUUCAUGACUGUCAACACAGCUAUCAAGCAGCUUUUCGAGGCGGCAGAAAUGCGAGGCGAUGAAGGUGUUGCCAGCAUCCUCGCUUUUGGCUUGGCGCGUGUCGGAGCGGAUGAUCAAGCAAUAGUUUCCGGAUCUCUUCAAGAGCUAUUGAAUGCCGAUCUUGGCGGCCCACUGCACAGUCUGGUAUUGUGCGCACCUGAGCUUCAUGAAAUUGAACAAAAGUUCGUAUCCUUGUACUCGGCCCGUAAUUCGGUGCAUACUGAAUAG